UUGGAUAACAUAGUUCAGCCUGUAAAUGCAUAUGAAGUUUCACAACAAGUACAACUCAAAGGUACAAGAUGUGAAAUUACGCAUGACGAUACAAGCAGGGCUGCCAAGGUGCAUCCGCCUUCCAGCCCACUUGCCCCACUAUAGUACAACAUCACCGCUGGUUCAACGUCAGUGUAAACAUUCAAAACCGACCUUUCAACAAUACUGCAACCCUCACUUUGGACUACUGCAACAGCCACACAAGACAUUGUAGUAGAGACUUGCAAAGAUGCAGUCCGGUAUCUCCGCUUCCCAAGAGCUCAAGUCUGCCCUCGGCAGCCUCGUAACGUCGACAUCACAACGCGGUAUCAUAGCCACAAUCCAGAACGAAACCAUUGUCCCCAGCGGCACAAUAUCCUCGUCAUCAUCCACUUUCAAUGCCGACCUCUCGAACCUCCAAUCCCACAUCCAACCCAAUGCCGCCCUCUACAUCCUCCUCCGCCGCGCCGACUCGCUCGCUUCACCCGACAAGUCCCUCGUGGCCGUAACCUACGUCCCCAAUGCUGCGCCUGUACGUCAAAAAAUGCUCUUCGCGUCUACACGCCUUACACUUGUGCGUGAGUUGGGCGGAGAACACUUUGCCGAGAGCGUCUUCACAACCGAAGCUUCAGAGCUCACGUCGGAGGGCUGGGAGAAGCACAUUGCGCAUACGGAAUCGGAAAACCCGCUGACGGCGGAAGAACAAUCAUUGCAAGAUAUCAAGGCUGCUGAGGCGCUGGAGAGUAGAGGGACGCGCGGUCAGGGCCUGGCCCAAGGAGGCAGGAUUGCCAUUCGUGCUAGCGAUGAGAUUGGUGGCGCGCUGAAGAAGUUGGGUCAAAGUGGGACCGAUAAUCUCGUGCAGCUGCGCAUGAACGGCUCGAAUGAGACCCUCGAGUUGGUCUCUUCGUCGUCCGCAACGCCUUCUACCAUCGCCCAGGCUAUUGAUGCAAAGGAGCCACGGUAUUCGUUCUACCGCCACGAUGACUCUGCGACGAGUAUCGUCUUCAUAUCGACGUGUCCUAGUGGAGCGAAGAUCAGGGAGAGGAUGUUGUACGCGGCAAGUAGGGGUAACGUGGUCAGUCUGGCGCAGAACGAAGGUGGGUUGAAGGUGGAGAAGAAGAUUGAGGCGACAGAUCCUGAAGAAAUCACUGAGCAGGUUAUCAUGGAUGAGUUCAAGGUGGAAAAGAAGGAGGAGAGUAAAGGCUUCGCUAAGCCCAAGAGGCCUGGAAGGCGGUAAAUAGCAUAACAGGGAUAUAGAGUAGGAGAACGAAAGACGAAAAAAUGUCCGUCAUCCAAGGCAUA